AUGGCUGAAGGUGGAGAAGGAGAGGAUGAGAUCCAGUUCCUCAGGACUGAUGAUGAAGUGGUGCUCCAGUGCGUGGCCUGCAUCCAGAAGGAGAAUCGCAAGUUCUGCUUGGCUGCUGAAGGGCUGGGCAAUCGACUAUGUUACCUGGAGCCCACAUCUGAGGCAAAGUAUGUGCCUCCAGACCUGUGCAUCUGUACCUUCGUGCUGGAGCAGUCUCUGUCAGUGCGGGCCCUGCAGGAGAUGCUGGCUAAGAGCGGAGAGAACAGCGAAGGGAGGCUCAUAAGAAAGGCGGCACAAAGCGGCGGACACAAGACUCUGCUCUAUGGCCACGCCAUCCUGCUGCGGCAUACCUUCAGCUCCAUGUACCUGGCCUGUUUGAAGACUUCAAGGUCACAAACAGAUAAGCUCUCCUUUGAUGUCGGGCUGCAGGAGGAUUCAACAGGUGAGGCCUGCUGGUGGACCAUCCACCCGGCCUCCAAACAGAGGUCAGAGGGAGAGAAAGUCCGCAUUGGUGAUGACCUCAUUCUUGUCAGCGUGUCCUCUGAGAGAUACCUGCACUUAUCCAUUUCCAACGGCAACAUCCAGGUGGAUGCUUCAUUCAUGCAGACGCUGUGGAACGUCCACCCCAUCUGCUCUGGUAGCAAUGUAGAAGAAGGGUACCUGCUGGGUGGUCAUGUGAUGCGCUUGUUCCAUGGUCAUGAUGAGGUGGUGACCAUCCCGGGAUCAGACCAGAGCGAAGAACAGCAGAGGAUAGUCAACUAUGAGACGGGCAAAGCAGGUGCCAAAGCAAGGUCCUUGUGGAGGCUGGAGCCACUCCGAAUUAGCUGGAGUGGGAGCCACAUCCGCUGGGGCCAGCCGUUUCGACUACGACACCUGACCACUGGUCACUACCUGGCUCUGACUGAGGACAGGGGGCUGGUCCUACAGGACCGGGAGAGGUCUGACACAGUGGCCACGGCCUUCUGCUUCAGAGCGUCAAAGGAGAAGCUGGAGCAGAGCCCCAAGCGGGACAUCGAGGGCAUGGGGGUGGCAGAGAUUAAAUAUGGGGAUUCACUCUGCUUCAUCAUGCACAUGGCCACGGGGCUGUGGCUCUCUUACCAGGCACCUGAUGUUAAAUCUGCUCGUCUGGGUCCUCUGAAGAGAAGAGCGUGUCUACAUUCUGAGGGUCACAUGGAUGACGGGCUGACUCUUCAGCGCUGCCAGCAUGAAGAGUCCCGUGCUGCCCGGAUCAUCCGCAACACCACGCUACUCUUUAACCGAUUCAUCAGAGACCUCGACUGUCUGAGUAUGAAGAACAGAGCACUGGUGGCCCUUCCUGUCGAGGAGGUUCUCCAAACCCUCAAUGACCUCAUCACCUAUUUCCAGCUUCCGGAUGCUGAGCUGGAGCACGAGGAGAGGCAAAUCAAGCUCCGCUCCCUCAAGAACAGACAAAACCUCUUCAAACAAGAAGGAAUGCUGACACUUGUGUCAAACUGCAUCGAUCGCCUGAAUGUCUACAAUAGUGCGGCUCACUUUGGGGAGUGCGCUGGGUCAGAGGCUGGAGCAGCCUGGAAGGACAUCCUAAACCUGCUCUAUGAGCUACUGGCGGCGUUAAUCCGAGGGAACAGGAACAAUUGCACCCAGUUUUCUAACAACUUGGACUGGCUGGUGAGCAAGUUGGAAAGACUGGAGUCUUCUUCAGGCAUCCUGGAAGUUCUGCAUUGCAUCCUAAUUGAGAGUCCUGAGGCUCUCAAUAUCAUCCAGAGAGGACACAUUAAGUCCAUCAUAUCACUGCUAUACAAGCAUGGACGCAACCACAAGAUUUUGGAUGUGCUCUGCUCGCUGUGUGUGUGUAAUGGUGUAGCUGUACGAACCAAUCAGAACCUCAUCUGUGACCACUUGCUGCCAAAAAGAGAUUUGCUGUUGCAAACCCAGCUGGUCAAUGAUGUCCAGAGUAUGAGACCAAACAUCUUCCUGGGGGUGAGUGAGGGCUCAGCUCAGUAUAAGAAAUGGUACUAUGAGCUGAUGAUCGAUCAGGUGGACCACUUCGUGACCAGCGAGCCCUCUCACCUCAGAGUGGGCUGGGCCAACAGCAAAGGUUACGCACCCUACCCCGGAGGAGGUGAGGGCUGGGGGGGCAAUGGAGUAGGGGAUGAUCUCUACUCAUUCGGUUUUGAUGGACUUCACCUCUGGUCAGGUCGUAUCCCACGGGCGGUAGCGUCCCUGAACCAGCAUGUCCUUACCUCAGAGGACGUGGUGAGCUGUUGUCUGGACCUGGGAGCGCCCAGCAUCUCUUUCAGGAUUAACGGACAGCCCGUCCAGGGCAUGUUUGAAAACUUCAACACGGACGGCCUCUUCUUUCCUGUCGUCAGUUUCUCUGCAGGGGUUAAGGUUCGUUUUCUGCUGGGUGGCCGGCAUGGAGACUUCAAGUUCCUGCCUCCAUCUAGUUAUGCUCCGUGUUAUGAGGCUCUACUGCCCAAAGAGAAAAUGAAGGUUGAGCCAGUAAAGGAGUACAAAAGAGACGUGGAUGGAAUUAGAGAUCUGCUUGGCACAACCCAGUUCACCUCACAGGCCUCCUUCAUGCCCACACCUGUGGAGACCAGCCAGAUUGUCAUGCCAACCCAUUUGGAAAAAGUCCGGGACAGGCUGGCUGAGAAUAUUCACGAACUGUGGGGAAUGAAUAAGAUUGAGCUGGGCUGGACAUACGGCAAGAUAAGGGAUGAUAAUAAACGGCAGCAUCCUUGUCUGGUGGAUUUCUCAAAGCUGCCAGAAACAGAAAAGAACUACAAUCUGCAGAUGUCAACGGAAACGCUGAAGACCCUGCUAGCAUUAGGCUGCCGUGUUGUUCAUGUGAAUCCAAACGCUGAGGAUUCACUCAAAAAGAUAAAACUACAGAAGAACUAUAUGAUGUCCAAUGGUUAUAAACCAUCCCCUCUGGACCUGUCUGAUAUCAAACUGACUCCAGGUCAGGAGCUACUAGUGGACAAACUGGCGGAAAACGCACACAAUGUGUGGGCCAAAGACCGCAUCAAACAAGGAUGGACCUACGGCAUUCAGCAGGACCUGAAGAGCAAGCGAAACCCCCGUCUUGUUCCGUAUGUGCUACUGGAUGAGCGUACCAAGAAGUCUAACAGGGACAGCCUACGGGAGGCUAUCCGCACCCUGAUUGGAUACGGAUACAACAUUGAGCCCUCAGACCAGGAAGGCGGGCAAGUGGCUGAGCGCCUCAGCAUUGAUAAGAUCCGUUUCUUCAGAGUAGAGAGGACAUACGCUGUGAGGAGUGGAAAGUGGUACUUUGAAUUUGAGGCUGUCACAGGAGGCGACAUGAGAGUAGGCUGGGCCAGACCUGGUUGCAAGCCAGAUGUGGAGCUUGGCACAGAUGAGCGUGCUUUUGUUUUUGAUGGAUACCGGGGCCACUGUCUCAACAUGGGAGGCAGGUUGUUUGGGCGCUGCUGGCAUGCCGGGGAUGUUGUGGGCUGCAUGAUCAACAUGGAGGACAAGUCCAUGAUCUUCACUCUUAAUGGAGAGAUCCUCAUAACAACAAAGGGCUCUGAACUCUGCUUCACAGACUUUGAAACUGAGGAUGGGUUCAUCCCAGUGUGCAGUCUCGGUCUGGCCCAGGUGGGCCGCAUGAAUCUGGGGAAAGAUGCCAGCACCUUCAAGUACUACACAAUGUGUGGACUCCAGGAGGGAUUUGAACCCUUCGCCGUCAACAUGAACAGAGAAGUCACGAUGUGGUUCAGCAAGCGUCUGCCCACUUUUGUCAACGUGCCAAAGAACCACAACCACAUCGCAGUAACCAGGAUUGACGGCACCAUCGACAGCCCUCCAUGUCUUAAAGUCACUCACAAGUCAUUCGGUACCCAGAACAGCAAUGCUGACAUGGUGUUUUGUCGUCUCAGUAUGCCUGUGGAGUUCCACUCCAUCUUCAAGACCAGUCCUGUUAUAGACAUGAAUGGAUUGCAUGACGAAGAUAUCCUUAAAGUUAAACACAGAUAUCCACUCAGAUCUGUGAGGCACAGCGAAGAAAGUAGACGAGUAGACUACAGCAGCAUCACCUCGUACUACCACUCAGUAAGAAUCUUCGCUGGUCAAGACCCUUCCUGUGUAUGGGUUGGAUGGGUUACCCCAGACUACCAUUACUAUAGCAACAACUUUAACCUCAGCAAGAACCGAACGGUGACUGUUACCCUGGGUGAUGAGCGAGGGCGGGUCCAUGAGAGUGUGAAGAGGAGCAACUGCUUCAUGAUGUGGGCCGGCGAUGUGGCCGGCUCUGCCCACACCUCCAGCCGGACCAACGUCGACCUGGAGAUUGGCUGUCUGAUAGACCUGGCAACGGGUCUGGUGACAUUCUCUGUCAAUGGAAAGGAGAUAUCCACAUCCUACCAGGUGGAACCAAACACAAAGCUCUUCCCUGCUGUUUUUGUGCGACCGACCAGCCCCAACCUCUUUCAGUUUGAACUGACGAAAAUAAAGAAUGCCAUGCCUCUGUCGUCAGCCAUCUUUAAGAGUGAACACAAGAAUCCAGUGCCCCAGUGCCCCCCACGACUAGAUGUCCAGACCAUAAAUGCAGUGCUGUGGAGCCGCAUGCCCAACACCUUCCUUAAAGUGGAAACAGCCCGAGUGAACGACAGGCACGGCUGGGUGGUCCAGUGUGUGGAGCCCCUGCAGAUGUUGGCCGUGCACAUACCCGAAGAGAACAGGUGUGUUGACAUCAUGGAGCUGUCAGAGCAGGAGGACAUGAAGAGGUUCCAUUACCACACCCUGAAGCUCUACUGUGCCCUCUGUGCACUGGGAAACACCCGAGUGGCCCACGCUCUCUGCAGCCACCUGGACCAGUCGCAGCUUUUGUACACCAUCGACAAUCAGUACCUGUCCGGGAUGCUACGAGAGGGCUUCUACAACGUCCUGAUCAGCAUUCACCUGGAAACCGCGAAGGAGGCUCGACUCACGAUGAAAGACGAGUUCAUCAUUCCAGUCACGGCGGAGACGCGCUCCAUCCGUCUCUUUUCCGACGCUUCGAAAAGGCACCUGCCUCCGGGGGUGGGGCUCAGCACCUCUCUAAAACCCCGUCUGAAUUUUACCCCACCCUGUUUCAUCAGCACCAAACGAGACUAUUUGUACAGCCCCCAAGUCCCGCUGGACGCGCUGAAGGAGAAGGCGAUUACAAUGCUGACAGAAGCCGUUCAAGGUGGUGGGCACCACAUCCGAGAUCCUGUAGGAGGAGGUGUGGAGUACCAGUUUGUGCCAAUCUUGAAGCUCAUCAGCACCUUGCUGACUAUGGGGGUUUUAUGCAGCGAAGACGUUCAAAAGAUUUUACUGCUCAUUGACCCGAAUGUCUUCAGGGAGACGCGUGAAGAGGUAGUCACAGGGGCCACAGACAAAGAAGGACUAACAGGAACAGAGGAGAAGGCAGUGGAAGCUGGAGAGGAGGAGGUGGCUAAAGACGCAAAACAGCCAAUCAAGGGCCUACUGGAGAAAAGGCUGCCCGAGCCCGUCAAACGGCAGAUGUGUGAGCUGCUCCACUAUUUCUGUGACUGCGAGCUGAAGCACCGUAUCGAGGCCAUCGUAUCCUUCUCCGACAACUUUGUCUCCAAACUGCAGUACAACCAGAAGUUCCGCUACAAUGAGCUCAUGCUGGCCCUCAAUAUGUCUGCUGCUGUUACAGCAAAGAAGACCAAAGAGUUCAGAUCUCCUCCGCAAGAGCAGAUCAAUAUGCUGCUGACCUUCAGCGUGGGAGAGGACUGUCCGUGUCCCUCCGACAUCCAGGAGGAACUCUAUGAUUUUCACAACCAGCUGCAGCUCCACUGUGGGAUCCCUAUGGAGGAAGAUGAACAUGAGCAAGACACAUCUAUUAAAGGGCGCCUCUUAAUGUUGGUGUACAAGAUCAAAAAUCAGUCUCACAAAGCAGAAGAGCCCACACAGAAGGAGCAGGCUGCGCCAUCUAAUCUGAAGGAGCUCAUCUCUCAGACCAUGGUUAGCUGGGCCCAGGAGUGUCAUAUUCAGGACCCAGAGCUUGUUCGCAAGAUGUUCAGCCUACUGAGAAGGCAGUAUGACAGCAUUGGAGAGCUGCUUCGGGCUAUGCGGAAGACUUACACCAUCAGUGCUGUCUCAGUCCAGGACACCAUAAACCUCCUUGCGUCCCUCGGCCAGAUCAGAUCUCUGCUGUCUGUUCGCAUGGGAAAAGAGGAGGAGAAGCUCAUGAUAGAUGGACUGGGUGACAUCAUGAACAACAAAGUGUUUUACCAGCACCCAAACCUAAUGAGGAUACUGGGCAUGCACGAGACCGUCAUGGAGGUCAUGGUCAAUGUUCUUGGAGGAGACAAGUCCCAGGAAAUUGCUUUCCCUAAAAUGGUUGCCAGUUGUUGCCGCUUCCUCUGCUACUUCUGCCGGAUCAGCCGCCAGAACCAGAAAGCAAUGUUCGACCACCUCAGCUACCUACUGGAGAACAGCAGCGUGGGGCUAGCUUCUCCAGCUAUGAGGGGAUCUACUCCUCUAGAUGUAGCUGCUUCCUCUGUGAUGGACAACAACGGUCUGGCUCUCGCACUGGAGGAACCUGAUCUGGACAAGGUGGUUACCUACCUGGCUGGUUGUGGCCUUCAAAGCUGUCCAAUGCUUUUGGCCAAAGGUUACCCAGACAUUGGAUGGAACCCCAUUGAAGGAGAGCGUUAUCUGUCCUUCCUGCGCUUUGCUGUUUUUGUUAAUGGUGAGAGUGUGGAGGAGAAUUCCAGUGUUGUGGUCAAACUACUGAUUCGUCGCCCAGAGUGUUUUGGACCUGCCCUGAGAGGAGAGGGAGGCAAUGGCCUGUUGGCUGCGAUGAAGGAAGCCAUUAAGAUCUCUGAGACGCCUGCCUUGGACCUGCCGGGCUCCGUGCAGGGAGUCAGCUCUGACAUGUCUGCCGAUGGGGUUGAUGAUGAGGAGGAGGUGGUCCACAUGGGAAAUGCCAUCAUGUCCUUUUAUUCUGCUCUCAUUGACCUGUUGGGGCGCUGUGCCCCUGAGAUGCACCUCAUCAACAAGGGGAAAGGUGAAGCCCUGCGAAUUCGUGCCAUCCUGCGCUCUCUGGUCCCCACUGAGGACCUCGUUGGAAUCAUCAGUAUUCCACUUAAAAUGCCUAUCGUCAACAAAGAUGGAUCAGUGACCGAGCCAGACAUGUCGGCCAGUUUCUGUCCGGACCACAAAGCUCCCAUGGUGCUGUUUUUAGACAGGGUGUACGGCAUUGAAGAUCAGAGCUUUCUGCUCCACUUGCUGGAGGUGGGCUUUCUUCCUGACCUGAGGGCCGCUACCUCUCUGGAUACGGAGGGCCUGUGCACCACUGAGACAGCCCUGGCUAUGAACCGCUACAUCGGUUCAGCCAUGCUGCCCCUUCUCACCCGCUGCGCGCCUCUCUUUGCCGGGACCGAACACCACGCCACCCUCAUCGACUCCACCCUGCACACCAUCUACCGCCUCUCCAAGGGCCGUUCACUGACCAAGGCACAAAGAGAUGCCAUAGAGGAGUGCUUACUGUCUGUUUGCAAACACCUCCGUCCCUCCAUGCUGCAGCAGCUCCUGCGUCGCCUCGUCUUUGAUGUGCCCUUGCUCACUGAAUACUGCAAGAUGCCUUUACGGCUGCUUACCAAUCAUUACGAACAGAACUGGAAGUACUACUGCCUCCCAUCUGGCUGGGGCAGCUUUGGAACAGCAUCAGAAGAUGAACUACUGCUCACCAAGAAGAUCUUCUGGGGAGUGUUUGACUCUUUGUCCCAGAGGAAGUAUGACCCAGAGCUGUUCAAGAUGGCCAUGCCUUGUCUCAGUGCCAUCGCUGGAGCCUUGCCACCAGAUUACGUUGAUGCCUCUAUGAAUACUGCUUUAGAAAAGCCUUUUUCUGUAGAUGCUCAGGGAAACUUUGACCCUAAACCCAUCAAUACAGCUAACAUUGCUCUUCCAGAAAAGCUUGAACAUUUUGCCAACAAAUAUGCUGAGCAUUGCCAUGAAAAAUGGUCAGCAGAAAAGGUGCAGCUGGGCUGGAAAUAUGGAGACUGCGUGGAUGAGAAGGCAAAGUUUCACCCUCAGCUCAGGACCUACAAAGCCCUGACAGAAAAGGAGAAGGAGAUUUACAGAUGGCCAAUUAGGGAGUCUCUGAAAAGUAUGCUGGCAAUGGGCUGGAGCAUCGACAGGACAAAGGAUGGAGAAAGCAUGUCCCUACAGAGGGAGAAUGAGAAAAUGAGAAAAAUAUCUCAGGCUUCUCAGGCCAACGGCUUCAAUCCGAGCCCAAUAGACACAAGCAAUGUGGUUCUGUCCAGAGAACUGCAGGGGAUGGUGGAGGUGGUGGCUGAGAAUUACCAUAACAUCUGGGCCAAGAAGAAAAAAAGUGACCUCGGAAGCAGAGGUGGAGGAACGCAUCCUCUGCUGGUACCCUAUGACACGCUGACAGCUAAGGAGAAGGCCCGUGAUCGAGAGAAGGCUCAGGACCUUUUUCGCUUCCUGCAGAUUAAUGGCUACAGCAUCAUAAGGUCAAUCCGCAGAGAAGGUCUGAAGGACUUAGAGCAGGAUUCUUCCUCCAUGGAGAGGAGGUUUGCCUACAAAUUCCUCAAGAAGCUGCUCAAGUGUGUCGACUCUGCCCAGGAAUUUAUUGCCCACUUAGAGGCCAUGGCUGCCAGUGGGAAAACAGACAGGUCACCUCAUGAACAGGAAAUCAAGUUUUUUGCCAAAGUUCUUCUCCCUCUCAUCGACCAGUACUUCAAGAACCACUCUCUGUACUUCCUCUCCUCCCCCAACAAGAACCUGAGCAGCAGUGGCUAUGCCUCAAACAAAGAGAAGGAGAUGGUAACCAGCUUGUUUUGUAAACUGGCAGCUCUUGUAAGACAUAGGAUUUCACUCUUUGGGAGCGACUCCACCACCAUGGUCAGCUGUCUGCAUAUCCUGGCACACACACUGGACACCAGGACGGUAAUGAAGUCAGGCUCGGAGCAGGUGAGGAUGGGGCUGAGGACAUUCUUUGAGAACGCUGCGGAGGACCUCGAGAAGACUUUCGAGAACUUGAAGCAUGGGAAGUUCACUCACUCCCGCUCGCAGAUGAAAGGGGUGUCGCAGAACAUCAACUACACCACCGUGGCCCUGCUCCCCAUCCUAACUGCUCUGUUUGAGCACAUCACUCAACACCACUUUGGAGUAGACCUGCUUUUGGAUGAUGUCCAAGUAUCCUGCUAUCGAAUCCUGACCAGUCUGUAUGCACUAGGCACUGGGAAAAAUAUCUACGUGGAGAGGCAGCUUCCUGCCCUCGGUCAGUGUCUGGCGACUCUGGCUGGGGCCAUUCCUGUGGCUUUCCUGGAGCCGCUUCUGAACAUGUACAACCCCAGCUCCGUGUUUAAUACCAAGAGUGCCAGAGAUCGCGCUGUCCUGGGGAUACGAGACUCUGUGGAGGAGAUGUGUCCCGGAAUGCCGCGGCUUGAUGGCCUAAUGAAGGACAUCAACGAUAUGGCUGAGUCUGGAGCACGAUACACGGAGAUGCCUCAUGUGAUCGAGGUGGUGCUGCCAAUGCUGUGUAACUACCUGUCCUACUGGUGGGAGAGGGGUCCUGAAAAUCAGCCAGCCAUGGGGGGAAGCAUCUGCUGCACCACCGUCACCUCAGAGCACCUGAGUGUCAUCCUUGGCAAUAUCCUAAAAAUCCUCAACAACAACCUGGGAAUUGAUGAGGCCUCGUGGAUGAAGAGAAUUGCAGUGUAUGUGCAACCCAUCAUAAGCAAGGCUCGCGCAGACCUGUUGAAGAGCCACUUCCUGCCCACGCUGGAGAAACUCAAGAAGAAGACGGUGAAAGUGGUGGCUGAAGAGGAGCUUCUGAAGGCAGACAGUAAAGGGGACACCCAGGAGGCCGAGCUACUCAUCCUGGAUGAGUUUGCCGUGCUCUGCAGGGACCUGUACGCCUUUUAUCCCAUGCUCAUUCGCUACGUGGACAACAACAGGUCCAGGUGGCUCAAAGAACCUGAUUCUGACUCCAAUGAGCUCUUCAAAAUGGUGGCAGAGAUAUUCAUCCUUUGGUGCAAGUCACAUAAUUUCAAAAGAGAAGAACAGAACUUUGUGGUUCAAAAUGAAAUCAACAAUCUUUCCUUCUUGACCGGAGACAGUAAAACAAAGAUGUCUAAGUCUGGCGGUCAAGACCAGGAGAGAAAACACAAGAAGAGGCGUGGUGAGUUCUACUCCAUCCAGACCUCACUGAUUGUGGCAGCUCUAAAGAAGAUGCUGCCGAUUGGCCUCAACAUGUGCACGCCUGGAGAUCAGGAGCUCAUCUCUCUCGCUAAGACCCGCUACCUCAUGAGAGAUACAGAUGAAGAAGUUAAAGACCAUAUUCGUCACAAUCUCCACCUUCGAGAAAAGUCGGAGGACCCAGCUGUGAGGUGGCAGCUAAACUUAUACAAAGACAUAGCAACGAGGACAGACGGGCCUCCGAAUCCUGAAAGAGUGGUGGAUCGUAUCCAGAGGAUCUCUGCUGCUGUUUUCAACCUAGAGCAGGUGGAGCAGCCACUGAGGUCUAAAAAAUGCGUAUGGCAGAAGUUACUAUCCAAACAGAGGAAGAGAGCAGUUGUCGCCUGCUUCCGAAUGGCUCCCCUUUAUAACCUGCCAAGGCAUCGCUCUAUUAACCUCUUCCUCCUGGCCUAUCAGAGAAUAUGGAUAGAAACAGAGGAGUACUCUUUUGAGGAGAAGCUAGUGCAGGACCUUGCAAAAACGCAACCCAAGAUGGAGGAGGAAGAAGAGGAGGAGGUCAGGAAACAGCCAGACCCUCUUCACCAGCUCAUUUUGCAUUUCAGCCACAACGCACUGACUGAAUGCAGUUCAUUGGAAGAAGAUCCCUUGUAUAUCGCCUAUGCAGAUAUGAUGGCAAGGAGUUGUGCCGAGGGUGAAGAAGAGGAAGAAGAGGAAGGCAAAGAGAAAACAUUUGAGGAAAAGGAAAUGGAGAAACAAAAAAUGCUGUAUCAGCAAGCUCGGCUGCAUGACCGAGGGGCUGCAGAGAUGGUGCUGCAGAUGAUCAGCGCCAGCAAAGGUCGCCUUGCUGCCACUGUGACUUUCACCCUCAAGCUGGGCAUCUCCAUCCUCAACGGGGGAAACAUACUGGUCCAGCAGAAAAUGCUGGACUAUCUGAAGGAAAAAAGAGAUGUUGGAUUUUUCAAAAGUUUAUCGGGACUGAUGAUGUCCUGCAGUGUCCUCGAUUUGAAUGCUUUUGAAAGGCAAAACAAAGCCGAAGGUCUCGGGAUGGUGACUGAAGAGGGAUCAAUCAACGUGAGUGAGCGGGGUUCAAAGGUACUGCAGAACGAUGAGUUUACUAAGGACCUCUUUAGGUUUCUGCAGCUUCUCUGUGAGGGUCACAAUAAUGAUUUUCAAAAUUUCCUGAGGACUCAGACAGGAAAUACAACUACCGUCAACAUAAUCAUUAGCACUGUGGACUAUCUGCUCAGACUCCAGGAAUCCAUAAGUGAUUUCUACUGGUAUUAUUCUGGUAAGGAUGUCAUUGAUGAAGCUGGGCAGAGAAACUUUUCCAAAGCCCUGGCAGUGGCAAAACAGGUCUUCAACUCUUUAACCGAGUAUAUUCAGGGUCCGUGCAUCGGUAAUCAGCAGAGUCUGGCUCACAGCAGGCUGUGGGAUGCAGUGGUGGGCUUCCUCCACGUUUUUGCCAACAUGCAGAUGAAGUUAUCGCAAGACUCCAGUCAAAUCGAGGUAUUAAAGGAGCUGCUGGAUUUGCAGCAGGACAUGAUUGUCAUGAUGCUCUCUCUACUUGAAGGGAAUGUUGUCAAUGGAACAAUUGGAAAACAGAUGGUGGACACCUUAGUGGAAUCUUCCAGCAAUGUGGAAAUGAUCCUUAAAUUUUUUGACAUGUUUCUCAAGUUGAAGGACUUGACUACCUCAGAUAGCUUCAAGGAGUAUGACUCUGAGAGCAAAGGGGUCAUCUCUAAGAAGGACUUCCAGAAAUCCAUGGAGAACCAGAAGCAGUACUCUCAGUCUGAGAUUGAGUUUCUGCUUUCCUGUGCUGAGGCUGAUGAGAACGACAUGUUCAACUACAAGCAGUUUGUAGAGAGAUUUCAUGAACCAGCGAAAGACAUCGGCUUCAAUGUAGCCGUGUUGCUAACCAAUCUCUCAGAACACAUGCCCCAUGAUAGUCGCCUAUCGACGUUCCUCGACCUGGCCGAGAGCGUUCUCAGUUACUUUGAGCCAUUCUUGGGUCGCAUUGAGAUCAUGGGUGGAGCCAAGCGCAUAGAAAGAGUCUACUUUGAGAUCAGUGAGUCGAGUCGUACGCAGUGGGAGAAGCCACAGGUGAAAGAGUCAAAGAGGCAGUUCAUAUUCGACGUGGUCAAUGAGGGCGGGGAGAGCGAGAAGAUGGAGCUGUUUGUCAACUUCUGCGAGGACACCAUCUUUGAGAUGCAGCUGGCGUCUCAGAUUUCAGAGCCGGACCCAGUGGAGCUUGCGGAUGAAGAUGAGGACGACAGCCAGAGUUUGGCAGAGAACCCGGAAGAGGAAGAGGAGGAGUGCAUGAUGAUGGAGUCUUUGUCAGCCUUCACCAUUGCUUGCAUCUCAAUGAAAAAGAGCUUGUGUAACUUCCGGCAGCUGCUCACUCUCAAGAGCAUGAGGCGUCAGUACAGGAAAUUCAGGAAGAUGAGUGUCAAGGAGAUGGUACAGGGCUUCUUCUCCUUCUUCUGGAUGAUCUUCACGGGCCUCUUUCAGUUUGUCCACAGCCUAGUAUGGGGUUUCUUCCACAUCUUGUGGACCACAAUGUUCGGAGGUGGCUUCGUUGAAGGAGCCAAGAAUAUGAAGGUGACUGAUAUUUUGGGAAACAUGCCAGACCCCACUCAGUUUGGGAUUCAUGGGGAUGUUUUGGAGGCAGAGAAGAUGGAGGCGAAUGAAGCAUCCGAGCUGGCAGAGAUGGGUCAGAUGGCCCAGGGUGAUGCAACAGAGGCCGACCUCAUGGCUGAACUGCUAAACAUACAGCCCAAAAGAGAGGGCAAGCAUGGGGCCGAGCCGGGUUUGGGGGACGUAUCUGAGGUGGUGGUGGGAGAUGCUCCGUCGAUAGCCAGUGCUGUUAGGCAGAAAAAGCUACAGAUGGCUGCAAAGACGAGGGCAACAAAUGGAGACUACAAAUCUGAUUCCGAAAAAGGAGAUUCUGAGGAUGGUGAGAAAAAGGAUCAUGACAAGGCCAAAGAUGAAGGUCCCCCAGAACCUUCAGCGGAAGAGAAGAGAGCCCCGAAGAAGAGGCUUGGCCUGAGGAAAGAACCACCAGAGGCCUUCAUGGCCAGCUUCUUUGCUGGCUUGGAAAUCUACCAGACCAAGAUGCUGAACUACCUGGCCAGAAAUUUCUACAACCUCCGCUUCUUGGCACUUUUCGUUGCCUUUGCUAUCAACUUCAUUCUUCUCUUCUACAAGGUGACCGGUGAUUACUCUGAUGAUGAGGACCCCUGGAAUGGUCGAGGGAGAGCCGGGGAGGAGGAGGAUGAAGGGGCUCUGGAGUACUUCGUCCUGCAGGAGAGCACGGGUUACAUGGCGCCAACGCUUCGCUGCUUGGCGAUUCUACACACAAUCAUCUCUUUCCUGUGUGUGGUGGGAUACUACUACCUGAAGGUGCCUCUGGUCGUUUUCAAGCGGGAAAAGGAGAUAGCAAGGAAGCUGGAGUUUGCAGGCCUCUAUAUCACUGAGCAGCCAUCUGAUGACGACAUUAAAGGACAGUGGGACAGGCUGGUCAUCAACACUCCUUCAUUUCCCAACAACUACUGGGAUAAAUUUGUCAAACGCAAAGUGAUAAAGAAAUAUGGAGACCUGUAUGGUGCAGAGAGGAUUGCAGAGCUGCUGGGGUUGGAUAAGAGUGCCCUGGAUUUUAACCCUACAGAGGAAACGGUUGCCAAGGAGGCCUCGUUGGUGUCAUGGUUGGGCUCAAUCGAUACAAAGUACCACGUCUGGAAACUGGGAGUGGUGUUUACAGAUAAUUCAUUCCUGUAUCUCGUCUGGUACACCACCAUGUCUAUCCUGGGACACUACAACAACUUCUUCUUUGCUGCCCAUCUUUUGGACAUUGCUAUGGGCUUUAAGACCCUGCGCACCAUCCUUUCCUCUGUCACCCAUAAUGGCAAACAGCUGGUGUUGACGGUGGGACUGCUGGCCGUCGUAGUUUAUCUCUACACUGUGGUGGCCUUCAACUUCUUCAGGAAGUUCUACAACAAGAGCGAGGAUGAGGAUGAGCCAGACAUGAAGUGCGAUGACAUGAUGACGUGCUACCUGUUCCACAUGUACGUUGGGGUCAGAGCGGGAGGAGGCAUCGGGGACGAGAUCGAGGACCCGGCUGGUGACCCCUAUGAGCUCUACCGCAUCCUGUUUGACAUCACGUUCUUCUUCUUUGUCAUUGUCAUCCUCCUGGCAAUCAUCCAGGGUUUGAUCAUCGAUGCAUUUGGAGAACUGAGAGACCAACAGGAACAAGUCAAAGAAGACAUGGAGACCAAGUGUUUCAUUUGCGGCAUCGGUAAUGAUUACUUUGACACAACACCCCAUGGUUUUGAGACCCAUACUUUACAAGAGCACAACUUGGCAAACUACCUGUUUUUUCUGAUGUACCUUAUCAACAAGGAUGAGACAGAGCACACUGGUCAGGAGUCGUACGUGUGGAAGAUGUAUCAGGAGCGCUUGUGGGAUUUCUUCCCAGCUGGGGACUGCUUCCGUAAGCAGUAUGAAGAUCUUCUUGGAUAGACCACGCUACAACCACAGCUGCAACACACUCAGACAGUCUUUUUGAAGGGAACCAUGAGAAGAACUCCUUUUUUUUAUCGAGAAUAAAAAGAGUGGGAGGGUUGGGGGGUAGAAGUGUGGGUCAUAUGCCCUUUUCACCAUUGGUACAGUACCUGUCUUUGAGGAAAUGGACCUGUAACUUGCUCAGACUUCUUGGUUCUCUAUUAGAUUUGGAACUUGUCCUUGACAGCGUGUUGCCUUUUACUCCACAUAACCCAAGUUAUUGCACAAUUUUUGUUUCUUCUUUUUUUGUGUGUUCAUUUAAGAAUUGGUGGGUUGUGUGGGGUUAUAAGACAAUGUGUCGGUCUUAUUAUGCACAAUGUAUGAAUGUUGUACUUGAGACUUAAUGCCAAAAGAAAAGCAGAGAAAUAGAGUAGGCACAUAGUGUGCAGAAGUGUGAACUAAUGAAAAUAAAUUCAGAUGUAACAUUGCAUAUUAAAGAGAAGUUUGUCGGACAAAGUGGUAAAAGGUUUUAAAAAAUGCCUAAAAUUCCUCAUGAAGUGCCUUACAGUACUGUAUCUACAUUACAAUGAAGCUAUGCAAAACGUUUGUUUUUUCCUUUGUUGUAUGUUAGUACAGUUUUAGUGGAGCUGUAAUUGUCACUGAGCAGAUACAGUGUGAAGUUUGUGACUGGACAUUUUCAUUCGAAGGUGAAAGAAGAGCAUUGGUAUGUGUUUAUUUUGUUGCCAAAUGCAGCAUAAGUGCAACUGUUCCAGCUACAGAGUGUAAAAAUGACACAACAGAAUUUACCCCUUAAACAUGAACAAACAAAAAAAAUGCUAUUGUAUGGCCAUUUGUAUGUAAUAGCUUUGUUGAUCUGUGCAUUUCUUUUGAUGGAAAAAAUAAAGAAGUCAUUGAAGAGCG